CUUGAAAAUAUAAGAUACUCUAUUAUAUUUUAUUAUUUUAAUUUUAUUCUUUCUUAGAAACUUAAUAUAAUUACUUUUUUUUUUAUGAAUAAUAUAAUUACGUAAAAUAUUAAUUAUUUUCAAUUUUCAUGCUAAAUUCUUUUAAAAAACUAAAAACAAUUGAUAAUAAAUAGAAAUUUAUUGAUUUUUAUAUACAACCCUUACGGUCCCCGUUUGGUAGGUGGUAAUAGAUGGUGGUAAUGAGAAUGAAAAACUAGUGUAGUUUUAGUUGAAAAAUCUCUUUGCUACCUUGAUGGCCAUGUUUGUCCAACUUCAAUCAUCUCAUUUUGUUCAUAAAAUUCAUUAUAAUGCAUUACCAUUGAGAGAUGUGGUAUUAGGUAGUAAUGAAAAUUUGUAAACAAAAAAACUUUUUUGUGAUCAAAGUUUCAUUACCAUGGGAAUGAUAUUGAACUUUUGUUGAAAUUUUACACUAUGAAUCAUUUUCAUUACCACCAUUUAAAACCACCUACCAAACGGACUGUUAGGGUUAUAAAUAUCAAUAUCCAUAAUAUAAAAUGAGAAAUACGACAAAUGAAAAAAAUAAUAAAAAAAUCAAUAAUUAUUUCUUCUAUAUAGGGUCAAAUCACCAAUUAACAUUUUUUAUUUUUAUCAUAAUACUUCAUUAAAUUUCUAACUUUGUCUAAACUUCACAUGACUUUUCAUCUCAUCCAAUAAAAGUCAAGUUCUUUUCUAAUCUAAUCUACAAAUUAAAUUCAUCAACCUAUUUUCAACUAAGUCUUUAACAAACAACAACUCAUCAACAUAUAAAAAGCUACAAAGGCACAAUAUUACAAAAUCAAUAAUAUGAUUUUUUUUUUUUUAUUUUUAGUAGCAAACUAGUCCAAACAGAGUAGACGAUAAAUAAUUCAUUGACAUGUCAGAAGUGACACGUGGUAUUUAUGAAGGAAGGCGUAGAUGAGAAGGAAUAAUCUGUCUAUAUAUAGCAUUGUCUAUAGAGAAAUGAAAUAAUAAUUAAUACUCCAAUCUAAUUCCCCUCUCUUCUUAAUCAAACUGUAAUUACCCAAAAAUCACACUUGUUUUUGUUUGAAGUUUGAGAAAGAAAUAAGAAGGGAGGAAAAAAAAUGUCAGACAGCACAGCAACUUGCAUAGAUAUUAUACUGGCCAUCAUCUUGCCUCCUCUUGGUGUUUUCUUAAAGUAUGGAUGCAAGAUGGAGUUUUGGAUCUCAGUGUUGCUGACAAUAUUGGGAUAUAUCCCAGGGAUAAUAUACGCUAUUUGGGUCAUCACUAAGUGAUCACUAUGCCCUCUUGUGUAUGUGGAAAUAUCUGCCUGAUGAAUGAUGAUGAAAAUAAAAGCUACAAUUUCAUUUAUAGUUUGAUUGGUGUCAUUGGAUGUUAGGUGUCAACCAUUGAUUACAUUUAUUGUCAUGUAUUUAUCAAUUACACAAUUAUAUCCACCCACUCUUUAUUUUUCAGUCUUGUGUGGAAAAAUUAUGUUUUUAUUUUGUAAUGUAUGAAUUGAAAUUUGUCAAGUGUUAUUUGAUGAUGUAAUUACACAAAAUUAAUUGUUUGAUCUUCGA